UUCACCGCGCUCGUCUGCUGUGCGGAGAAUCAAACAGCUCGCUCACUAGAAGGAAGUGCAUCUGAAGUGCCGCUGUAUUUAUUUUGAUGCACAUGAGCGUUCAUCUCUUCGGGUAAAAUAACGUAAUCCCCGACAUCAGCACAGAGGGGUUUCACCCGGUUGUAUGCAUCUCCCCGGUAACGUUACAUGUACUGUAGCGGUAGAGGCUGUUUUCACCGGAGCAGCGUGGGUUAAGGUGGGCCUUGCCCGGAUAUCUGUCUGACAAGCGAACCAAAACCGAUCCGGUACCCGCCUCAAGAUAACCAGCGCACUCAGUCCUCCAGAGACUACACUUGGAGCCCGUUUGGACUAUCACACACACACUAGCCAGAUGGCGGAUAACCUGAGCGAAGCCCUGAAGACGCUGAAGCUCUUGUCGGCAGACAGCACUUCAGACAGUGUCGAGGGCUGCUUGGACUGCUUGCUCAAAGCUUUGGCCCACAAUAAUGUUGAGACCAGUGGAAAGAUCCAGGAGAUGGGUGUUCUUGCCAUGAUACCCGCUCUUCUGUCUGCGCAGAACUCGUGUACACCAAAAGUAGCCAACAUCAUUGCAGAGGUGGCCAAAAAUGAAUUCAUGAGGAGCCCGUGUGUGGAAGCAGGACUCAUUCCUCCUCUGGUUCAGCUGCUAAACUGUAAGGACCAGGAGAUACUGCUCCAGACGGGACGAGCCCUCGGCAACAUCUGCUACGACAGCCAUGAGGGCAGAAGUGCAGUUGACGCAGCGGGCGGUGCUCAGAUAGUUGCCGAGCACAUUAAGUCUCUGGCCGAAAGCACUGACCCGGCCACCGGGAAGCUCUUGACUGUCUUUUGUGGCAUGCUGAUGAACUAUAGCAAUGAUAAUGACUCGCUGCAGGCUCAGCUGAUCAGCAUGGGUGUGAUCCCCACACUGGUCAGACUGCUGGGAGUUCAUUCUCAAAACACUGCGCUCACCGAGAUGUGCCUCAUUGCCUUUGGCAACCUGGCAGAGCUUGAGUCCAGUAAGGAGCAGUUCGCCUCUACUAAUAUUGCAGAGGAGCUGGUUCGACUCUUCCAUAAGCAGGUGGAGCAUGAGAAGAAGGAGAUGAUCUUCGAGGUGUUGGCACCACUCGCUGAGAAUGAUGUGAUCAAGCUUCAGCUGGUGGAUGCUGGUCUGGUGGAGUGUCUGCUGGAGGUCGUGGCUCAGACGGUGGACAGCGACAGGGAGGAGGACGUGGCUCAGCUCAAGACGGCCUCAGACCUCAUGGUCCUUCUGCUGUUGGGAGAUGAGUCGAUGCAGAAGCUGUUUGAGGGGGGCAAAGGCAGCGUGUUUCAGAGGGUCCUUUCAUGGGUGCCCUCCAACAACCACCAGCUCCAGCUAGCAGGAGCGCUCGCCAUCGCUAACUUUGCCCGCAAUGAUGGGAACUGCAUCCACAUGGUAGACACUGGUAUCGUACAGAAGCUUCUCGAGCUGUUAGACAGACAUGUUGAAGAGGGGAACGUGACGGUGCAGCAUGCCGCCCUCAGCGCUCUGAGGAACCUCGCCAUCCCGGUGGUUAACAAAUCUAAGAUGCUCUUGGCUGGUGUGUCGGAUGUAGUGCUGAAGUUCCUCAAAUCUGAGAUGCCUCCAGUCCAGUUCAAGCUUCUGGGAACGUUACGGAUGCUCAUCGACACACAGGCUGACGCAGCAGAGCAGCUGGGGACAAACUCAAAGCUGGUGGAGCGCUUGGUGGAGUGGUGUGAAGCGAAAGACCACGCCGGAGUGAUGGGAGAGUCCAACCGCCUGCUGUCCGCUCUCAUCCGACACAGCAAGUCAAAGAAUGUGGUCCGAACAGUUAUACAAGGUGGAGGUAUUAAGCACUUGGUAACCAUGGCGACGAGUGAACACAUGAUCAUGCAGAAUGAAGCGCUGGUGGCCUUGGGUCUCGUAGCGGCACUAGACCUGGAUUCCACAGAGAAGGACUUUGUCAGCGCUAAUCUGGUGCAGGUUCUACACAAACUGCUGACAGAUGAACACAGUGCACCGGAGAUUAAAUACAACUCCAUGAUUCUCAUCUGCUCCGUCAUGGGAUCAGAGCCGCUGCAUAAAGAAGUGCAGAGCUUGGCCUUCAUCGACGUGGUCUCCAGUCUGCGCUCACAUGAGAACAAGACGGUGGCACACCAGGCCUCUCUCACAGAGCAAAGGUUAACGGCACAGAGCUAAAGGACUCUUCCACAACAUCUCCUCCCUGCCUGCUUCCCCUCACACACACAUAUCUCUCGUUGUCAUGUGCCAAGCUGUUGUCCCCUCCACAUUCCCCGCUACAGACUCUCAAAGCCCUCUGUUUGCUCCGCGCAUGCAGAGACUUGUUACCCAAAGGCAGCCAUACUUUGUAGACAGCCUUCUGCAAUAGAUUCAUACCCGAACAGCAAAAUAUUUUUAAAAGACCAUAGCUGUGAU